GAUAUAUAGUUUCCUUCCCAGCAGUUCAAUCAAAGUUUCUUGGGUUGACUACAAGUAAACUAAACAACGUGUCAUUGCAGAUGUAGUUUCCUUCUCUUUUAUUUAUUUCUAUGCAUGUUUUCCUUGUAUCUAAGUACCGGGUAGUCAUCAUUGGAUUUGCAGUAGUGAGAUAUAUCAGCCUUAUGAAGUGGAGGUGUGCCCUUUUUGAGUGCUGCUUUGCGUGCACUACUUCUGAUGCAUCCACCGAGUUUGAUAUUAAGUCACAGUUACCAAACUUGGGUUAUACUGAACUUUCCAGUGCCUGUCAUCAUUUUCAUCCAUCCAAGAAUCUUGGAACUAGAGCAUAUCACAAGGUAUAUCAUGGUAUACUAGAAGAUUUUCGUGAAGUUGCAAUCCAACGCUUAUCGGCAAGUGAAUUCCAAUUCAUUGAAAAGCAUGUAGAAGGCUGCAGAAUCAGAAUCUUAAGUCUUUUGCCGCAUAAAAAUGUGGUGUCUGUGUAUGGGUACAGUUCUAAUGGGAAAGAAUUCCUGCUAGCACAUGAGUACGUUCCAAAUGGUGCUCUUCAUAAUCAUCUUCAUGGCCAAGGAUCAAAGCGUCUCACGUUGCCAUGGGAUACCCGAUUGGAUAUUGCUAUUGAUGUUGCCAAUGCGUUGGCAUAUCUUCACUCUAAUGGCAUCAUCCACAACCAGGUAACAUCCCACAAUAUUCUUCUGGAUGAAAACUUAGGUGCAAAAGUUAAGAACUGUCUUGGAUCAUGGCAACUUGCCAGAGGCCCUUCUGGUUUUGUUUCACAUAAUGGUGAAUUUUGUCUUAACUUCAAGAAUGACAUAUACAGCUUUGGGGUGGUGUUGUGUGAGCUUUUAACAUCCAAGCCCUCGUACAUGAAGAGGGAAAACUUACUAGACAUGAAGCUUGCUACUUUCACAAUCAGUAGAAUCGAAAACAAUGCGUUGGAGGAGAUAUUGGAUCCAAGCCUUGGGUUUGAAUCAGACCCUGCCGUAAAGCAGAUGCUAACUUCUGUGGCAGUGUUAGCAUAUCAGUGCUUGAUUCAUGAUGUGCCUCUAAGGCCAUCCAUGGCACAGGUGCUUGAGGGUUUGAAGGGCAUCAGAGAACAGAGAAGGGACUUAAAUUUGACUGCAGAUUUCAAGUCCGAAACUCUGACAUUGGCAUUUUUCUGGGAUUACAUGAAGUCACAAUUCCAAAUCUUUUCUUAUGAUGUGCUUGCAAAAGCAACUAACCAUUUUGAGAAUUAUGUUGGGAAAGGAGGCUUUGGGACUGUUUACUAUGGGAAGCUCCCACAAGGAUAUGAGGUAGCAAUCAAACGUUUCCAUGAAAAGAAAGAGAAGACAAGAAAGCAAUUCACGAGAGAAGUUGAGAUCCUAAGUCUCAUGCGCCAUCAGAAUCUGGUCUCGCUGUAUGGCCGCAGUUCUGAUGACAGUGAUGAACUCCUGUUAGUUUACGAGUAUGUCUCCAACGGUUCUCUAUCAACCUAUCUCCAUCGAAAUUCUGGAAACAUACUACCAUGGGCUACCAGAUUAAAUAUUGCCAUUGAGACUGCUUCUGCACUAGCCUAUCUUCACCAUUCUGGUAUAAUUCACCGCGAUGUCAAACCCAGCAACAUUCUCUUGGACAAAAAUCUAAGUGCCAAAGUUGCAGAUUUCGGCCUAGCCCGGUUUCUUCCACUUGGGGAUCUUGAUUUUGUUACUCAUGUUUCUACUGCUCCAGUAGGAACCCCUGCUUAUAUAGAUCCUGAGAACUUUGAAUUCAAUAAGGUGAGUGACAAAAGCGAUGUAUAUAGCUAUGGCAUGGUUUUGUUUCAGCUCAUAUCAUCCAUGCCUUCCACUGUAAGGCAAGGGCCGCAGCUUUUUACUUUGGCUAACUUUGCAAUGGGAAAGAUCUUGAACAAUGAGUUGGAAGAGCUUGUGGAUCCAAGUCUUGGCUUUCACUCGGACAGUAGUGUUAUGGAAACUAUAACUGCAGUGGCAGAGUUGGCAUUUCAGUGUGUGCAGCAUCCUAAAGAAUUCAGGCUAUCAAUGAAGCAGGUCUUAGAGACAUUGGAGGGCAUAAAGCAAGGUUCUUGGGGGUUCAACCAGAUAACAUAAACAUCAGGAGGUUGGUGAAUGAUUGAUUGAAUAACUAUCUUGGUUUAUCAAGCAUAGAAACUUAAUGUCUUUAUCGUCUUUAUCCAAUUCUUAGGAAUAUGAAGUUUGAUUAUGAAUUGUAAGACAUUUUUUUGAGCUUGAAUUGGAAGUCAUAGAAAACAGAUGGUUAAUUCUAA